AUGUCUUCAAUCACAACCACUAACGGCAACGGCGUUUCUAACGGAACCAAUGGCCACAACGGAACCAAUGGUCACAACGGAACCAAUGGCCACAACGGAACCAAUGGUCACAACGGAACCAAUGGCCACAACGAGACCAAUGGUCACAUCGCGGCCAAACUGUUGGCCAAAAAGAGUGGCAACUUUGCCACCCGAGCCAUACACGCGGGACAGGACUCCUCGCAAUGGAAUUCCCGCGCAGUCGUCCCACCCAUCUCUAUGGCCACCACUUUUGAACAAUACUCUCCCGGCAAUCAUGCCGGUUUUGAAUACGGACGGAGUGGUAAUCCUACCCGAAGAUGUCUGGAAGAGGCGAUUGCUUCUCUAGAAGGAGCACAAUAUGGUCUGUGCUAUUCAUCGGGUUUGUCAGCACAGGUUAACAUAACAAAUAUGUUGAACUCCGGCGACCAUAUCGUAUGCUUUGACGACCUCUACGGCGGAACCAAUCGGUACUUCCGUACCAUUGCUUCCAAAUUUGGUCUCGAAAUAAGUUAUGUCGACGCAAGAGAUCCAAUCAAUGUCUCCAAAGUGUUGAAGACAAACACCAAACUUGUUUGGAUGGAAACGCCAACCAAUCCUACCAUGAAAUUAGUUGAUAUCAAAGCUGUGGCGCAUGUGAUCAAGACUGAGGCCCCGCAGGCCAUACUUGUGGUCGACAACACUUUCAUGAGUUCUUACUUUCAAAAGCCCUUAGCUUUGGGAGCAGACAUUGUUAUGCAUUCUUUAACUAAAUAUAUGAACGGUCACGCGGAUGUAGUGAUGGGUGCGAUCGCCACCAAUUCAAAGGACAUCCACGAAAAACUUGUAUUCCUCCAGAACUCUCUGGGAGCGGUUCCCUCGCCAUUCGAUUGCUUUCUGGUGAACCGGGGGCUUAAGACACUGGCCGUGCGUAUGGAACAGCACCAGAAGAAUGGCUUAGCUGUGGCCAGAUUUCUGGAGUCUCACCCAAUGGUGCGCAAAGUGAUACACCCGGGGCUGGAGAGUCAUCCCCAGCACGAGCUGGCGAUCCGCCAGUGCUCUGGCUUUAGUGGAAUGGUUUCGGUAUAUAUAGAGGGCGACGGAGAGACCGCUAAUGUGUUUCUCAAAAAUCUCAAACUAUUUAUUUUGGCUGAGAGUUUGGGAUCAGUGGAAAGUCUGGUGGAAAUACCAGCGCUUAUGACUCACUUAUCGUUGCCUAAAGAGAUGCGCGAAAUGUUAGGCAUCGACGACACACUCGUCAGACUGUCUGUUGGCAUCGAAUCCACUGAAGACCUCAUAUCAGACUUGUCUCAGGCCUUAACCGCAGCUAAAAAAUUUUACGAUUCAAAGCAUUCAAAGAAACACAUUUUGUAAACAAUACGAGCAAAAACUUGUCUCAUAUAACCCCUCUGUCCCUAUCAUCCGGUCUUCUCUAUCAACAGUGUAUUAAUCGCGAAGUGACUGAAGUGACUGCCCCUCGGCAUCACAUGCUGUGCAGAACUGUCUAACACUCACUCUAUCUCUACUCCUGUGCCACAACUGUAACACAAAAGUUGUCACUCUUUGCCUUUGGUUCAGAAAAAUAGACUCUUUUUCUUCUGAACACUCUUUUAGACUAAACAACUCAACAAAACUCAAAAGUAGUUAUAAUUUUUGUCAGUUUAACCCAUAGAACAAACAAAUCCCUCGCAAAAAAGGUCAGUUCCUUGAACUCCACUCUCCGUCUCAUCCCAUUCCUGAAUCUCACAUCCAAUUCAAUGAUACAUUUAUCACAAGAACCUAAAUAGCUGUUGAAAUCAAUACUUUACUCCUAUAACUAUAACAAAUACAUUAGUUUUGUUCAUUUAAAAAAUGCUGCUUUCAAUGCAUUUAUGUUUUGGACAUUCAUUUGUCUCUUUUGUAGACAAUUUCGUACAUUAUAUGAAACUCAUAAACAUAAACGUUAACUUUGGUAUCGUAUGGCACAGGGUUUUUGCCGCUUCGGCGCCUCCUUAAUGGUUGAGAUGGAGAUGUCAUCCGAUCCCUCCAAGUGCUCGCUUUCACCAAUCAUUUGCUUAACUUAUUUCUGACAAAAUUAUGUCCAGUUAUUAAUUUGAUGAGUCCGUUGAUAGACACUUCGCAUAGGCAUGUGUUGCACACUCUCUGGUGGGUCACCAACCGGUCAAUUGGCUGUUGAUUUAAAGCUUAUCCCCUCUUUUGAAAACGCAAUUAUUUUUGAUUUAGACAUGAUUAAUUAAUUUUACAUAUUUUAAUAAUUGACUAAACAUUGUAAGCUCUAUAUGUAUUAACUUUAAGCCAAGUAAAUAUUUUUGUUUAACUAAAAACAAUAAACGAUAAAUUUCUGUGAAUAAACAUAUUUUUCUUAUACUUUCCACAAAA